AUGGCCCCUAAUUUGUAUCUCUUGGCGAACAUCACCUUGACAACCAAAACUAAGCAAAUGAUUGAGCUUGAGAGCUGGUUUGGUCACUCUAAGAUACUCAAAGAGACCAAAUCUCUGAAAGAAACCCAAGUCCGAGCUAACGCUCUACUUUUUAAGAUUGACAACAGCAGCGAACCCCUGAUUAAUUUACUGAACACUUCUAAUGCUAAACUAAAAGUUUUGGUAAACGGAUAUCCCAGUCUCGGCUAUGGUUAUCAAGGCCUGGGACAGUUCAAAAUAGCAAUCGGAUACCAUAAACGUCAUCUAAAAUUUCCUAAAGAAGUUGGAGACAAGGCCGAGGAGGGAAUCGGUUAUGAAAUUGCUAAAGAAGUGGGAGUCAAGUCCGAAGAGGGAAGAGUUUAUGGUAAUCUCGGCUGCGUUUAUGCCGAUCUGGGACAGCUUGAAACAGCAAUCGGAUAUCAGCAACGUGGUCUAAAAAUUUGUAAAGAAGUGGGAAACAAGGUCGGAGAGGAAGCAAGCUAUUGCAAUCUCGGUCACGCUUAUUGCAGACUAGGACAGUUGGAAACUGCAAUCGAGUACCAUCACCGUGCUCUAGAAAUUGCUAGGGAAGGGGGAGACAAGGUCGGAGAGGGAGCAAACUUUUGCCUUCUUGGCAACAUUCGUCUAAGUCAAGGAGAGUUUAAAGCAGCAAUCGAGUGUGCUGAACGUCACCUAAAAAUUGCUAAAGAAGAAGGAGACAAGACUGGAGAGGCAUGCUCACUCUGUUCUCUUGGUAAAAGUUUUGAGCGCCUAGGAAAUGUUUUGAAGGCGCUUGUCUACUUUCAGUCGAGUGUAGAGGUGUACGAUGAUAUCAGGGCCAGUCUUCAACUCAACGAUCAGUGGAAGAUUUGUUAUCGUGAUCAACACCAAACGGCGUACAAAGGUUUGUGGCGUACACAUCUACAGCAAGGUAACGUCGUAGAGGCCCUUCUUGCCGCAGAAAAAGGACGUGCGCAGUCUCUGAGAGAUCUCAUGGACACAAGAUAUCAGCCUGGAGAUUCUUCAACAAACAACUCUUCGAACAAUACGUUUCUGAGUGCUGUUCCAUCGAGCACAGUUUUUAUGGCUAUUACUGGUCCUUGCGUUUACCUCUGGGUAAUCCUCAGCAACAAUAACAUCCAGAUGAGAAAGGUACAUGUAAAUAGUUUCAAGUAUGAGGAUGAUUUGGAAAUUUUUAUUGAGCACCUGAACAAAACCGCUCUUGAGGAUAUUGGUGCAAAAAGAAAUGUUAGACGCGAAAACCCUGCGCUUGAUUCGCCGAAACGGGAGGAAAUGGCGGGUGAUGUCGUCCCAAUUAAUGUGUGGUACUCGAAAUCCAGGGCUUUACAGAAGCUUUAUGAAAUCAUCGUUACUCCCAUUGCUGAUUUGAUCGAGGGUAGAGAGCUUACAUUUGUUCCUGAGGGGCCAUUUUGCCUUGUACCUUUCGCAGCAUUGGAGGACUCCAAGUCAACUUAUCUAGGUGAUUCUUUUACAAUUCGUGUGCUUCCGUCGUUGACGACCCUGCAAUUAAUUCCUGAUUGCUCAGCUCAAUUCCAUAUGACGACUGGUGCAUUGCUUGUUGGAGACCCAUGUUUCAAAGAUAUCAUCUACCAGGGAAGACGUUUGCAGCAACUUCCAGGAGCACGGAAAGAGGUAGAGAUGAUCGGACGUUUCCUCAAUAUCGCCCCUCUCACUGGAGAAAUGGCAACAAAAGAUGAGGUGUUAAGCCGAAUGUCAUCGGUGGCGUUGGUACACAUCGCUGCGCAUGGUAAAAUGGAAACUGGAGAAGUUUUUCUGGCACCAAACACCACACGAGAAAACCCAAAACCUCAAGAGAAAGACUACCUAAUGACAAUGAAUGAUGUGGCAGAAACUGGACUGCGAGCACGACUUGUUGUAUUAAGUUGCUGUCACACUGCUCGUGGGGAAGUUAUGGCUGAGGGUGUGGUAGGUAUCGCGCGAGCACUUUUGGGUGCAGGUGCUAGAUCUGUUGUGGUAACCUUGUGGGCGAUUGACGACGAGGGAACCCUGGAGUUCAUGAGUUUCUUCUACGAUGCGCUUGCUAAAGGAAAGAAGGCAAGUGAAGCUCUCAAUCAGGCCAUGAAGUGUAUGAGAGGAAUUGAAAAGUUCAAGGGGGUGAAGUACUGGGCACCAUUUGUACUCAUUGGGGAUGACGUCAGCCUGGAUUUCAACGAUGUUUAGACGCUGAACUGAGGCAGUGAGCAUUGGAAUCUGGAGGAGUUUGUAGUUACCUACAAAUGUUGAUAUUUGGAGCAAAAACCAGGAAGAUACCGAUG